GCGUUCGCGUAUAAUUGCGAGCUACUGACAGCUACAAGAGCAAUGCGAGACAAGGGGUGUAGCUGAGACAAAGCGGAACCGAGUUAAAAAAAAUCACCUCAUUAGAAUAUUAUUUUGUAUUAGUUUACAGGAAAGCACGCAGCUAACAUGUCGGUGCUGGCUUUGCAAGAGUAUGAAUUUGAGAGACAGUUCAACGAGGACGAAGCCAUCCGAUGGAUGCAAGAAAACUGGAAGAAGUCCUUCCUGUUCUCGGCGCUCUACGCCGCCUGCAUACUCGGUGGACGUCAUGUCAUGAAGCAGAGAGAGAAGUUUGAGCUGAGGAAGCCACUGGUGCUCUGGUCUCUCACCCUCGCUGUCUUCAGUAUAUUUGGCGCCGUACGAACAGGGAGCUACAUGACGUACAUCCUGAUGACCAAAGGGCUCAAGCAGUCUGUGUGCGACCAGAGUUUCUACAACGGGCCGGUCAGCAAGUUCUGGGCGUAUGCUUUUGUUCUCAGUAAAGCACCAGAACUGGGAGACACCAUGUUCAUCGUGCUGAGGAAGCAGAAGCUCAUCUUCCUCCACUGGUACCACCACAUCACGGUGCUGUUGUACUCCUGGUAUUCCUACAAGGACAUGGUGGCCGGUGGCGGCUGGUUCAUGACCAUGAACUACCUGGUCCACGCGGUCAUGUACUCCUACUACGCCCUGCGAGCCGCCGGAUUCAAGGUCUCGCGCAAGUUUGCCAUGUUCAUAACCAUCACCCAGAUCACGCAGAUGCUGGUGGGCUGCGUGGUCAACUAUCUGGUGUACGCCUGGAUGCAGCAAGGCCAGGAGUGUCCGUCGCACGUGCAGAACAUCGUGUGGUCCUCGCUCAUGUACCUCAGUUACUUCAUACUCUUCGUCCAGUUCUUCAUCGAGGCCUACUUCAGCAAGACCAAAGCAGCCGCUGCCGCCAGAAAGACCCAGUAAACACUGUGGGGAGGAAGACGAGGGUCUUGGAAGGGGAGGAGGGGGGGUGAAGACCGAUGACG